AUGGGAACCCUCAGGAACAGGCGGCUGUUCCACGGGCUGGUGCUGUGCUGUGCCUUCUGGGGUCUCUGCCUGGCCUCUUCAGACUACGAUGAUUACUCUCAGGACAGCACCAACGAGCCAGUCACGACCCCAGAGAUCACCCCGUCUCCCCGUGCCAUCCCCGGGGAGAAGGUGACAGUGAAGAACGUCACGUACCUGCUGCUCCACGAGGCCACCCGCUCCCAGCUGCACAGCGCGGUCGCCGUGUGCCUCAUCCCCUGCCUCUACACCCUGGUCCUCCUGGUGGGGCUGCCCGCCAACGGGCUGGCCCUCUGGGUGCUGGCCAGCAGGGCUGAGAAGCUGACCUCCACCGUCUUCCUGAUGAACCUGGCUGCAGCAGACCUGCUGCUCGGCCUGGUGCUGCCCUUCAAGAUCAUCUACUAUUUCCUGGGGAACCACUGGCCCUUCGGGGAAGGGCUGUGCCGGCUCAGCACCGCCCUCUUCUACGGGAACAUGUACUGCUCCGUGCUGCUGCUCACCUGCAUCAGCGUGGACCGCUACCUGGCCGUGGUGCAUCCUUUCUUCUCCCGUUCUUUCCGCACUCCUGCCUUUGCUGCCUGCACCUGCACCACCUGCUGGCUCUGCGCUGCCGUCCUCACCCUGCCCCUCACCCUGCAGCAGCAGUCGUACCCCCUGUACGGAGCAGACCUCACUGUCUGCCACGAUGUUCUCCCCAGGCAGGAGAACGACGGGUAUUACUUCUACUACUUCGUCUGCCUGAUCGCCUGUGCUUUCCUGGCUCCCCUGCUGGUGAUGCUCUUCAGCUACUGCUCCGUCCUGCGAGCCCUCCUGGGCAGUGGGAAGCGCUACUCCUACUCUAUGAAGCUCACAGCUCUCGUGCUCUUCACCCUGGUGGUCUUCUACACACCCAGCAACGUCCUCCUCCUUGUCCACUACUCCAGCUACAGCUCCAAGCUGUAUGGCAGCCUGUACAUCAGCUACAUGCUGAGCUUGGCCAUCAGCACCUUCAACAGCUGCGCCGAUCCCUUUGUCUACUACUACUUUUCUGAAGACUUCAGGGACAGGGUGAGGAGGAAAUUCUUCAGUCACAGGAAACAAAACACCACUUCCCUAAAAACCUCCAAGGAAAUGCUCCCUCAAAAAAGUUCCAGAGACUUACUGGUGUGA